AUGGCAGACGACUUCCAUCACACCUGGUCGGAAUUUGUCCGAGGACUGAGACGGGGCGGUCUUCGCAACCGACACCCCAUCCUUUUUCGCGUCCUCCAAAUGGUCGCAGCCCUGGCGAUUUGUUGGCUCUUCCUCUAUGCCGUCUCUCCCAGAACCAUGUUUAUUGGAUUGGAGACCGAGAAACCCUUGACUGUCCCCCUUCGAUAUACCCCGCCCGUCCCCCUUGUUAAUUAUCCUCCCACCCAGGUUGGAGAUAAGUCGCCUGUUCAGUGGCUCCGGGAUAACAGCUACAACCAGCCGGUUGGGAAGUUGUCGGCUGAGAACUUGAUCGCUGACAAGCCCAAGCCCAAGGCUGCUCUAAUUGCACUUGUCCGCAACUCGGAGCAGGAUGGCAUGGUUCACUCCAUCCUGCAAGUCGAGGCGCGAUUCAACAGUCGAAAGAUGCACAGAUACGACUGGGUCCUGUUCAACGACGAGCCCUUCUCGGAUGAGUUCAAGGCUGCCAUAACCAAUGCUACCUCCUCGACCGUGCACUUUGAGCAGAUCAAGGCUUCCCACUGGGAUAUACCCGAGUGGAUCGAUGAAUCCCGUUUCAAUGUCGGCCGUGAGUUCCAGGGUGGUAUUGGCGUUGGAAAAGCCUGGUUAAAGAGCUACCACCAGAUGUGUCGUUGGAACUCGGGUCUUUUUGCCCUCGAGGACCGUUUGUUGAGUUAUGACUGGUACUGGCGCGUUGAGCCCGAUGUCCAAUACACCUGUGACAUUAAUUAUGAUGUCUUCAAAUUCAUGAGUGACAACAACAUGGCUUAUGGAUUCAAUAUGGCAAUCCUGGACGACGCCCGAUCCUUCCCUUCCCUGUGGGAGCGCACUCAGACGUUCAAGAAGAACAACGCAAACUUGGUUCACCCUCACGCAGAUAUGCGCUGGCUUCUUCAUGAGACGGAUGAACCCGACCGCAUGGUUCGUGCUGGUGUUGGUUAUCAUGCCACGGCCGGUACCCAGUACAAUAACUGCCAGUUCUAUUCCAACUUCGAGAUCGGUUCCCUCGAAUUUUUCCGCGGCAAGCAACACCGUGCUUAUUUCGAUUAUCUGGAUCACGCAGGUGGUUUCUUCUACGAGAGAUACGGUGAUGCACCCAUCCACACUCUAAGUGUUAGCAUGUUUCUCCCCAAGAGUCGCGUCUGGUUUUUCCGAGACAUAGGCUACGCCCAUGGUCUCUGCGAGAACUGCCCGCCGCAUGUUGCCAAACUGCCUAUGGGCCCUGAAGCCGAUCUGUGGCGUACCAAAACGGCGGAUGUCACGGCCAGUAUGCACAAGGACGAGCAACAACUAGCUCUUGUCAGCAAGGAUUUCGAGCGUCAGGAUAUCAUCCCGGGCCUCGCUUGUGGCUGCACAAUGACCUCGUUCGAUAUGGGUUUCUCAAAGCUGGUUCCCUUCGAGUCCAAGCAGACCAAGCCUAUUGACACCUGCAUUCGCUUGUGGCUCAGAGGUAAAUAUCUGCUGAAGAAGGCUGGCUGGAGCCGCGAAGCAGAGAUCGAGGCAGGCGGCGAUGGCUAUGGAGGAUAUCUCAUCAGCGGACUUGAGGCCAAUCCUGUUGUCCUCUAA